AUGGCUGAGCUCGUCCAAGGGUUUGCACGAAGAAGACAACAUCAGUGGUGUGUGCUCGAAGAACGAAAAACAGAGCUUCUUCUUGAGGUAAGUUUCCGCAACAAAUUCUUCUACCCCACCAUCAACAUAAACAAGCUUUGGUUGAUGGUUCCUCAAGAUAUGAAAGACAAGGCCAAUCAGAGUAAUGUUCCGAUGAUUGAUGUGACUCAGUUUGGGUACGUCAAGGUGCUUGGGAAGGGUGUCUUGCCCAGUGAUCAGCCAAUGGUUGUCAAGGUAAGCUCAUUUCCAAGAUUGUCGAAAAGAAACUUAAGGAGGCUGGUGGUGCUGUGGUUCUCACCGCUUAGGUCUAGUUUAUUGUUAUUCGAUUUUGUUUGUUAG